AUGGGGGCUGUGAAAACGAAAUUCCGGACGAGACUGGCGCUGCGGUCCCGGACGCACAGCAGACGGCGGAACAUCGUCGAGCAGCUGACCCGGAUCACCAACUUCCGCGAGUCCGAAGUCAAGACCUGGUACCGCCUCUUCUACGCCGACUGCCCGGACGGCCUGCUGACAGAGCCCGUCUUCGUCAAUUUCUACGUCAACUUCUUCCAGUCGGGAGACGAGGGGAGGAAGAUAGCGAUGGCCAAGCGGAUUUUUCACGCCUUUGACAGGGACGGCAGCGGGACUGUGGACUUUAGGGAGUACCUGACGGGCAUGAGCGCGCUACUGAGGGGCUCGGUCGUGGAGAAACUGAAGUGGGCGUUCAACAUGUACGAUCUGGAUGGGAACGGGGAAAUCUCUAGAUUGGAACUGCACAACGUACUGAAGCUGAUCCUGGAGCUGCGGAACCCCGAGGCGACCUUGGACGACCUUGCGGCGCUGGACAGACCGAUAGACCGGCUGUGUGACCGGGUGUUCGCGACGCUGGACAAAGACCGGGACGGGAAACUGCAGAUCCGAGAGUUUGUGGAGGGGGUGAGGAUGAACCCCAGGGUGCUGUGUCUGAGCGACGAGGAGGAACUUCUGGCGUCCCUCACCCAGGUCCACUCUGAUACGGCCCAUGCUUCGAGUCUGGUGGAUUUUAGUACUAGUAGAGAUUCACAGAGCUAA